AUGGAUGCUGAGCUUCACGAAGCAGCUCUUUUGGGGAAUGUUGAUUCCCUAACUACAUUGCUUGAAGGAAAUCCUAAUAUUCUCGAUACAACAGCUGAUUUUGACGAGACCUCUUUGCACAUAGCAGCUUUAUUUGGGCAUGUGGAGUUUGCGGAGAAAAUUUUAAACAGAAAGCCAGAUCUCGCUCAUGCAUUAAAUUCUGAAAAAUCCUCUGCUUUGCAUUUGGCGUCAGCCAAAGGGCAUGUAGAAAUGGUAAAAUUACUAUUAGCGACCAACGCUAAUAUGUGCUUUGCUCGUGACCAAGAUGGAAUGAUUCCUCUCCAUGCAGCAGCACUCAAAGAUCGUGUGGAGGUCAUGAGGGAGCUAGUUGAUAAAAACAGUAGUUCCAUUCGGGUCUUGACCGUUCGAAGGGAGCCGAUUUUGCACCUCUGUGUGAAUCAUAACCGCUUCAAGGCCGCAGAUUUGUUGUUAGAGCUUGCAAAUAAUGUUCCUGAUGUUGAGUUUGUGAAAAUGAAGGAUGAUGAUGACAACACAAUCCUCCAUCUUUGUAUAGCUAAGAAGCAUACCAGGACGGUUAAGUACUUGGUAGAGAACAGACAAGUGGACGUAAACGCCCAGAACAUCAAUGGCUUGACUGCCUUGGACGUGUUGCUACAAAGUCCAUCCGAACCGCCUGAUACAGAACUAGAAGCCAUCCUCAAAGGAGCUGGAGCUACAAGUGGGGAAGAAAUGCAUCCCUCACGCAAGAAGAAAAAAGACCAUGGCAAGUGGUUAGACGAGACUCGGAGCACACUAAUUGUAGUGGCCGUAUUGAUUGCCACAGGAACCUUCCAAGCCGGACUCAACCCUCCAGGUGGCCUUUGGCAAGAUACCGGUUUUGACGGCGAAAAGGUUAAGCACUUUGCAGGAGAGGCCAUUAUGAGUUACCGGUCGCCGUUACGGUAUACAGUGUUUCUGAUUUUCAAUGGGAUAGGAUUCGUUGCGUCUCAGCUCAUAAUCCUACUUCUAAUAAGUGGAUUUCCUCUCCAACGAAGAUCUGUGUUGUGGGUUUUUAUGGUGAUAAUGUGGGUUGCUGUUUCUUCGAUGGUGGUUACUUACACCUACGUGAUGUCUGCUCUCACAUCAUAUAGAGUUCGACAUGCUUUGCACCGGUGGCUUAGAAUUCCAAUUGCAAUCUUUGGGUGGGUAGCGUUAGUUGGCCUACUAUUUCUGUGCCAUUUCCUGCGCUUGGCUCUAACUCGCCUCAGGAAGUAUGGAAUCUUGCAAAUGAGAAACAGGCGACGUUCAAUGGGCAGGAGAAAUGUUGUUUAG